GUACACGUGGCAAUAAGUUUACCCCGCAUUGCAAUUUUAUUCUCCAAUUCUAUUCAAGAACGCUCCUGCUCAGCUCAAAUCUCAAUCUUCCUCAAGAAACUCGCUAUUUAAAGUCUCAGCUAUGGCUGGAAAAGCAGUAAAAUCUGUUGCAAAAGCAGUGGGAGGAUACCAAUAUCCAUGGCAAGAGAAGUUAGCAAAGUACAAGGAUGAGCUGUCAAAGGGUGUAUGGGGUUACUGGGAGCUUGGAGCAUGGAAGCCUCUUUCAAUCAGUGCACGCCAUAGAGCUCGGCUCCGUAAGGAAGUCCUUUUAUCUGGAGCUGAUUGGGAAUAUGAUCCAGCGAGGAAGGAGAUGAAGACCAAGAGGAAAGGUCAUAAGGUUGACCGAUUAGCUGCUGAGAAACGAGAACGUACUAAAGAACUCAUGGAAGGUAUGCCACAGAUGUUGGCCGACUAUAAGAAGAGAAAGUGGGAGCAGAAGAUGAAAGCUGAAGAAGAUGCUGCUAAGAAAACUUUGCAGGAGUAGUUUGCAACUUUUAACCCUUUUUCCCCUCCAUAUAUAUGGGAUUAAAUUUGAAUUGGAUUUCUGCUUUCGUUUAUUAUCACCAGUGGAUUUUUCAUUUUCAUUUUCAUUUUCAUUUUCAUUUUCAUUUUCAUUUUCAUGUAAUGAGCCUUCGGAUUCAUGGGGUUUCUUGGAUUUUGUUUCUUGUUUUAGAAUUGGUAUGUGAAAAGUACUUUGGAUUUAUAAGACAUUGAUCAAUAAGAAAUCUGUGGCUCUGUACAAUGAGCUUAUCCUAAA